AUGGCAGAUAGGAACUACGCUUACGAUCCGGUCGACACCGGUGUGACAGUCAACCAGCAAACGCACAGAAUGGAGGCCGGACAGCUCUGGCGGCAAUAUGUCAUCGGAGCCAUCGCGAACAUCGCGAUUGCUUCCACGGGUUACUCCAUGGGAUGGACGGCGCCGAUCAACAUUAAACUGCAGGACCCUAGCCAAUCUCCACUCGGCAGGCCUGCGACAUCUGACGAAAUAGCUUGGAUAGGAUCUGUACUGAACAUCGGCGCUAUUUUUGGACCAUUUCUCGGAGGUUUCGCAGCAUCGAAGAUUGGCAGAAAAUGGGGUCUUAUGAGUUCGAUUGUUCCUUUGCUCGCCGGCUGGAUUAUGGUAGCGUUGGCUACCAGUGUCCCAGUACUAUAUGCUGCCAGAAUAGUUUGGGGCGUCGCUGUUGGCAUGCUUUUCACGAUUUCACCCAUGUACUGCGCUGAAAUUGCCACGGAUGAAUCCCGAGGAGCGCUCGGUUCUUUCCUUCAAGCGUUCAUUACGAUAGGUUUUCUGCUGGUAUACGCAAUUGGUCCUUACAUCCUCUACCACGAGGUGGCAUAUGUGGGCAUAGCUUUUGUGGUUGUCUUCGCUAUUGCCUUCUUCUUCAUGCCCGAGUCACCAACGUAUUAUCUACUGAAGGAUGACAAGGAAGGUGCUGCAAAAUGUUUACAAGUAAUUAGAGGACGAUCACGCGCAGGAGUCGAGUCGGAACUGAGCCAAAUAUCCGCAGACGUGGCUGCUUCUAUGGAGAGGACUGCUACAAUAAGUGAAUUGUUCCGAGGCAGCAACUUCAAAGCCUUCUACAUAUCCUGCUUGCUGGUGUUCUUCCAGCAGUUUAGUGGCAUUAACGCCGUCCUCUUCUACAUGACAGACAUCUUCACAGCAUCUGGAACAUCCCUCGACCCGAACCACGCCACUAUCAUUAUUGGAGCUGUUCAGGUGGUGUCAUCGUUCAUGACACCUUUCGUAGUGGACAGGCUCGGAAGACGUGUCCUCAUGUUGAUAUCUUCAUGCGGUACGGCAAUCGGAUCUGGACUGCUGGGCAUGUUCUUUUUGCUGGAACGUAACGACAGCCCAGUAGUGGACAGCAUCAGCUUCCUGCCGAUUCUGUCCCUAGUGCUGUUCAUCGUGACGUACUGCUGGGGUCUCGGGCCGCUGCCGUGGGCCAUCAUCGGUGAACUGUUCCCUAUUGAGGUGAAAUCCAUCGCCUCUCCGAUGGCCACCGCGCUCUGUUGGAUACUAUCUUUUCUGGUUACUUACUUUUUCCCUUCGAUCUCUGAUUCGAUCGGCAUGCACGUCGGAUUCUUCAUCUUCGGCGCGUGUUGCGUGGUCGCGUUCUUCUUUUCUCUAUUCUUGCUGCCCGAGACCAAGGGCAAGAGCUUCGAGGAAAUUAGGAUCAUGCUGGGCGGAGGCUCGCUAAUCUCAGGAACUACUGGUCCGAAUUGAAAAAUCCUCUGAGUUUGACAGCUCAUUUAGAGGAAGGUUCAGGAAGAGGAAGGUGCUUUAAGAAGAAGGAAGGCUAUUUUUUCUUCAAAUCGACGCGGGUUAAACUGCAGGGCAUAGCUAGUUAGUUAUAGUUUCAUAUAAGUUUAUACAAGGAUAAUUAAAUAAAACAAUAUUCUUAGACAAA